AGACUAUUAAAAUCAGCCAAAAGUGUCAUUCAGUCUUAGCGCACCGCAUCAUCAGCACGUUAAAUUCAGAUUUUUGGCAACAUCGUGAAGUAAAAUUUAUUAAAAAAAAUAUCUAAUUAAGAAAACUGAUAAAUUGACUAAUUUGCAGUAUUGUUUUGAAGUGCAGUGAGAUAAUUACUUGAUUCAUUGUGUUUGCUAUCUUUGUUCAAGAAGGCAAAAUCUAAAUCAUUGUGCAAUCAAUAAAAAGUCGAUAAAAAUGCCACAAGUUACGUUUAAAAUUGAAAAACAAGCACCGACGAUCAAUGUUGCUGAUGGAAAUUCAGAAAACUUGGAAUUAUUUCAUGGCAUUGGAAACACUUUAGGAUUUAACAUCACUGGUGGAUCAGACUUUUCAAUGCCCAUCACAAUUUUUCAUGUGAAAGAAGGAAGUCGUGCUGAGAAUGCUGGUCUUAAGCUUGGUGAUUCCAUUGUGAAUAUUAACAACAUUGACACGAGUAAUAUGACAUUGCAAGAAGCCAAUAAUGUUCUUGAACAAGCCGCGCAACAAGACGUUAAAUUGGGCGUCAUCAAAUUUGAUGAGGUCGACGAAGCGAAUCCCGAGAAGAAGCCUCAAGUUCAUUCAGUUGUUUUGGAAGGUAAAAGAAAAGCACAACGAAAUAAAUUACCUUAUGAAGAUGAACUCCGUCCACCAAGUGCGGCUUAUAUCGAGAAGCCUGAACGAAAAUCAUGGCAUCCAAUUAUGUGGCCAACACCGGAAUUUGCACAACCCGUAAACUUCCAAAAGGAAUUACCGCAUAAACGAAUCAUCAGAAACUUACGGCGACUGCUGACCGACAUUGCCGACAAACCUGCUGAACGGGAAAAGCAUCUCGAACAGCUGUUGUUGUCACUUCCUCGAGGCUCUGCAGAUCCACUUGCUGUCAUUCGACCAAAACCAGAAUCAUCAAAUGAAGAAGAAGAGUUCCCGGAAGGUGAUGAAGAUAAAUUGGAAACAGGGCAAGCAGCUGCAGUUGCUGAGCUGAUGAUGACAUCGAGAGAAGAUGAUGAUGAUGAUGAUGUUAAGAAAAAGAAAAUAAAUAUCAAUAAUUUUAAUUGUCACCCCACGAGUUCACAACACGUUUGCACAUUUCACAAAAAUUUUCUUUCAAUUUUAGGCUCAAUCAAUGUUGAAUUAACUGUGAAGUCUAUUCAACGACAGUUGCUACAAAUAGCAGAAAAAAUUCCAGACGAUAUCAUGUUGACGUUGUUGAAAUCGUUUGCGAAAAUUUUAUCACGCGAACCAGAACCGGUUCCAAAAACACCUUUCAUCAGAGCUUUCGCUAAAAUACGCGACGAAAAUAACGACAAACAAUUCUCAGCAAUUGUUGAAGAAGAUGAAGAUCAAUUGAAAGAUUAUGAUAGUGGAAAUGAAGUUGUAGCUAAUGAUUGCUCUUUCAAUUACAAAGUAACAACAAAUACGGAAGAAGUUAUUUACUCUGCUGGUAGUAGCGAUCAAAAUAGCGAACAACAAUUGGCAGCUGAUGAAGGAAGUGAAGUUUCUGCUGAUAAACCCAGCGAUGAAAUGAUGAAUGUAGAAGAACAAGAAGAAGCUACAAAUGAUCACGUAAUAAUUGAAGAUGAAUACGAAAUCAUUGCGAGUGAUGCUCAAUCAAGUUCUGAGAUUGAAGAAACUGUUGAGAAUAUCGAUGAAGGCAUCGAAGUUGAAAUGCCAAACUCACAGCCUACGGAACAUCGUGAAGUUGAAGUCGUUAAUGAAGAGGUUGAAGUUAAUGAAGAGUCAAACGACAUUUUGAUUGAAACAACUGAAGAAACUUUACCAAGUGCUGCUAUUAAUAAUGAAGAACUUGAGGUAGAAGUAGAAGAAACUUCUUCAGAUGAGUUGAGAGAAGAACAAGUUCCGGUUGAACGUGGCAAAGUGACUUUGGAUGACAUUCAGCGUGAAAUUCAAGAAAUGCAAGCAUUCUUACUUCACAAGGGCAUUGCACCGGACAAGAAAAGUAAAGAAGGAAAAUCUGAAGAUCUUAAAGAAGAUUCCAAGAAGAUUGAAGAUGCUUACAAGCUCGAUUUCUGCAUAAAACUCAAGAACCGAAACGAUGCGUCACAAGAUAACCGCAAAAGCAAUAAACAAGCUAACAAAUAUCUGCAAACUUAUAAAGACGAAAUCAUAGAUGAAGGUCCAAUCUUUGAUCCAACCGUCCCCAAUACUCCUGAAGACUUCAUGAAAGUCAAAUCAGUCUCUGAGCGUAUUCAUCGAAAACAGCAAAAGAUUCAACCUUUGGAUAUUUCAUGGCAAAAUUUGUGCGAUCAAAAAAAGCAUUACAAGCACUCCCCAUUCGAGAAGUCGGUGAAGAACGUUAUCGAGCAGCAGAAGAAUAUUAAGUUUAAAUAAUUCACAAAAGGAUUUGGCGUUAGAACGAAUCAGAAGUUCACAUUUGGAUUGUAAAAUUCAUGAAUUCAUUUUAAAGAUUAAAUAAAUAAAUCUUUGCUUUUUUUAUUGUGCACAUGUGUGGCUUAUGACAAUUAAAAUUCUGAUCGAAACGUUUGUGAAUUUUGAGAAGU